AUGCUACGUAACAACAACGACACCGCCACUGCUGAGGAUGACGUGAAGCAUAGCAACACCGGAGCCAAGACGGCGGUGGCUCACAAGAAAUGGGUCGAGAGGCGCAACAAGGCUAUGAGAAAAGCUCAACAGAACGGAACUGGCAGCCUUCAACCAGCCAAAACCCUCGGUCCCGUCCAGUCCUCGCCGACGCGCACGCCAUCGCAUCCAUAUGCUACACCCGCUUCCACCGCCCAUUCAUCGAGAACGACCCAGCAGGUUCCUCGUGGAGUGGUAUUCACAAACGAUCAACCAUUCAUCGAAGCAGGCGCAAGAGCAGACACAGUGUUCGAAGGCAUGGUGCAGGAUGCUAUGGCUGCUGUCGUGAUGCAGAUGUACCAAUGCGAACUAAUGCAAUUGCCACCGCCCCAAAUAACGUCCAAGGAUUCGCUCUACGACGACAUCUACGAUGAGUUGACGGAGUAUUCCAUCUAUCCCAAGGCUUCUCGACCCAAAUCCCGCAUCGUGCCCGCCCACUCACCGCCGCCGUAG